AUGUCUCAAUCAUGUAUUAUUGAAUCUUGCUGUUCGACGUUAGGUAUUUUAUGUCAUUGUUGUGAUAAAACUUUUUGUCCCGAUCAUCUGGAUGAACAUUAUGAAUCAAUUAAUGAACAAUUAAAACCUUUAGCUGAGGAAAUUAAUACUCUUAAUGAUCAAAUAAUGAAUAAAACAAAAAUGAAAUUAAUUGGAAAUUGUCUCGACAAACUCAAUCAAUGGCGUAAUGAAUCUUAUAAAACAAUAAAUAAUUUUUAUGAAAAGAAAUGUCGAGAACUUGAAGAAUAUUAUUUGAAACAUACAGAAAAUCAUCGAAAAGAAAUAAAUGAAAUAGAAUCCGAACUCAACAAACUUAUUCAUGAACAAAAUACUACGGAAGACGAUAUUAAAUUAUUUCAAUCAACUAUUGAUAUUCUUCAGCAACAAAUAAAAGAACUUCAUCAAAUAUCUUAUCAUAUUAAUAUUCGUUCAUUCGAAUUAAAUCAAAAUUGUCUUUCUAUUGAGCAAAUCAAAAGCAAUGAAAUUGAUUUUACACUUCUCUCAUCUCCAUUUAAAACAAUCGAUUGUUCAAAUUAUAUUUUAUGGAAAAAUGGUUAUAUUCAUCAUGUAUGUUGGUCAUCAACUUUAGAGAAAUUUAUUUUAAUCAUUUCUAAUAAAGAGAUUUUUCUUACCGAUGGAAAUUUUCAAUCCAUUGAACAAAUUAACAUCGAUCCGGAGAAAAAAUGGCGGCUUUGUGCAUGUUCGGAAACAUCUUUAUAUCUUUUAUCAUCUCAAUGUAGUACAGAAAUUUUCGAAUUUGAUCUUUUAUCAUCUUUUCAAUUAAUUCAACGAUCGAAACUUUCCCAUUUAUCUCAAGAACAUGAUUAUAUAACAGAUAUCAUUUAUAACAAUGAAACACUUGCUUUGGCAAUUAAAAGUCGACAUAAAACACAUAUAGAAUUGCGAUCUUGUAAAACAUUUGAUCGACUUUGGUUAAUUCAACUUGAUUCUAAACCUUUUAGUUAUUAUUCAAUGUGUUUACUCAAUUGUAAUGAUUGGCUUGUAUUAGAUCAUAAGAAUUCACUUCUUAUGCAUAUAACAUCAAAUGGAAAUAUUAAAUCAACUGUUGGAUAUAAAGAACCACCCAUGGCUGCACUUCUUUUGCAUUCGAAUAUUUUAGCUAUUAAAACUGAAAACUAUUUGAAUUUUUAUAAAAUUUAA